CGUCAUAAAGGUAGUUUUGGUUUGAGAUUUGAUCAUCUGCAUUCUGUGAAUCUUUGGAGGACCGCAAUUUGUUCGUUAAACGGGACUCUAUAAGGUGCCUAGGCCUAUGGUUUGACGAGGGUCCUGCGGGCAUACAUUCUGGGAUAGCAUGUGCACGGUCAAUUUGAGAACUCAGGCCAUGCUGGCUGUUCUAUUCCUCCUAUCUCUCCUUGUACAAUUGGUGUUGGCAAACGUUGAGAAGACAAUUUUUAUCGCACCCCAACCAGACUCCGCUGAGCUGCCAUCAUCAUUAUACAAUGAGGAAUUCUCCGGAUUAGACGCACUCUCUCCAUCUAUACCGUCGAUUAGGAGACAUCUCAACGCUUCUUUUCCAUCCGAAACCGCUCCCAUGGGAGCGAAAUCCUGGGUUCAUCUCCUUAACUUGAAUCCUGGGCAACGAUAUGAAGUCCGCAUAUGCUGGCUUGCAACCCAACCGACAUCUUUCCAUCUCAGGACAUUCGCAGUAUCUGAUGUCCUCGAUUUCCCUUCCUUGUCAUCUUCUUUAACAGAUUAUUCCGCUGUCAAGCUCGCCGAACAUUCUCCACCCUCAAGAUUGUCAUCUGCAUCGCCAAGUACAUCAUCAUUGUUGCUUGUCAUUGAUGCUGCGGCAGACUAUUUCACACUUAAUGAGACACUUAUGGAUCACGUUCCGCCCGUCGUUGUGGAUAUUAUCCUUGACCCAUAUCUCAUGAACAUCUUCCCCAAAUCCCUAGUGCCCACCGCCCUGUAUGUUGCCUUGGCGACAGUUGUUGCUUGGUGGGCAUUCCGCUUCGUUCAAUCCUGCGUGAGCGGAAUUGUUAACAGCGCGAAUAUGGAGACGAAUACAGAGAAGAAAUCAAAGUAAUAACCCACCAUGAUUCUCAUGGAUGGACACUCAUCCAUUUUGCAACUACAAAAUAUCCUUAAUAUAUUGGUUACAGACCAAUAUUUCCA